AUGUCUUUUGACAUGAUUCAUGGGAAUGUCGUAAAUCUCCCUGUGUUUCAUUUAUUUGUGGAUGCUGUUAUAUUCAAAUGUGUUUCCUCUCCUACAGGCUGCACCACAGCAGUCAACGUGGUCUGCCCUUACCCACGACACGUAGUCAUAUUAUUCCAGCCGGUCACGCUCCGCUGUGAUUUCACUACAACAGCUACAAACCCACCACUGAUCACCUGGAAAUACAAGUCCUACUGCAGAGACCCGAUACAAGCUGCAUUAAACCCCAGUAGUGCUGACAAUGCCAUCGCUCAGUCCAACCCAAACUACAACCCUAACAUAGAGUGUGCAGACAGCGCCAGGACUGUUCGCAUAGUAGCUUCGAAACAAACAGCGGUCACACUUGGGAGCGAGUACCAGGGCCGUCAGAUCAGCAUCACAAAUAAUGCAGACCUUAACUUUGCUCAGACCGCGUGGGGUGACAGCGGAGUGUACAUCUGUAAUGCUGCUUCAGCCCAGGACCUUUCAGGGAAUGGCGAGUGUUAUACAGAACUCAUUGUGCUUGAGAGAAAGUCAAAUACUACAGACCUGCUGCCUGGCAUUGAUUUACUGAUCAUGGAAGACUGGUUGUUAGUGGUGCUGGUGGUCCUGGGCUUCCUGCUGUUGUUGCUCCUGAUUGGUAUCUGCUGGUGUCAGUGUUGCCCUCACACCUGCUGCUGUUACGUCAGCUGCCCCUGCUGCCCAGAGCGCUGCUGCUGUCCCCGCGCAUUGUAUGAGGCUGGUAAAAUGGUAAAGUCUGGCAUCCCCAGCCAGUAUGCACACACCGUCUACGCCCCAAACAUGUAUGGCCAGCCAGCUUAUGGAAUUGGAGCUGCGCCGGGCAUACCCAUGCUCCCUAUGCCGGUGGGCAUUGCUGGUCCUCCCUCCAAUGGCUAUGGCAGAGACUUUGACAGAGCCAGCUCAGUUGGUGCAGGAUCUCAAGUGCCACUCCUGCAAGACCAUGAUGGUGGAGGAACCCGUAGUGGAUACCGUGUUCAGGCCGACCAAGAUGGAAACCCAACUCGGGUGCUUUACUACAUGGAGCGAGAACUGGCCAACCAUGACCCCAGUCACCCAGUGAACACUCCAGGCAAAUACAGUCGUCUGGAUGGUAUGAGCGAGGUGAGCUCACUUUACGAUGGUCCAGACUCUCGAAAUCGUGGUCGGGCCAGACCGCCUCAGCUUACCACGGUGUACGAUGAUGUGGACGGAAACAUGAGCACCAUCAGCAGCGUCUCUCAGCACAUCCGACGGGAUGAGCCCAGGUGGGGACCUGACAAUCGAGGACGUGCACGCUCCAUGGAAAAUUUGGACGAUAUCAGCCGCAAUUACGGAGACAGAGAUGACUAUCCACCAGCACGCCGAGAUGGUGGGGAUAGAGGCGGCAGAAGUGGUUUGGAUGACGAGUGGAGCAGCAGUGGACGAGGAUACGACCCUGUCUUUGAUGACCGUCGGCGCCGUGAUUACUCUCCUGAUGCUCGUCCUCGGCGUGGAGACUCCUUCCGUGAGGCUGGUUUUCAGGGCCAGCGCAGCCGUAGUCGUGAUGACCUGAUGGAUCUGGAGCGUGAUCGUGGCCGUGGAGGUCGGGACGCAUACGAUGACAGCUUCCUGAGGGAAGCCAUGGAAAAAAAGAAGCUGGGCGAGCAGCAGAGAGGCCGCAGCCGCGAGCGGCUCGACAGCGAGAGCGACCGUUCUGACCGCUACAGGGGGCCACGUGGCGGACCGCCACCUCUGCCGCUCGCCCCGCCCUCCGGAAACCCUAAUCGUCAUGGAAACCAUAGCAACUUCCCACCUCCACCCCCUCCCUACACUGAGGACAGUGACAGUUUGCCAUCGUCCAAGAAGAGCAACUUAAAAAAGGGUGGAGCAGUGGAUGACCUGAUGGAUCUGGAGCGUGAUCGUGGCCGUGGAGGUCGGGACGCAUACGAUGACAGCUUCCUGAGGGAAGCCAUGGAAAAAAAGAAGCUGGGCGAGCAGCAGAGAGGCCGCAGCCGCGAGCGGCUCGACAGCGAGAGCGACCGUUCUGACCGCUACAGGGGGCCACGUGGCGGACCGCCACCUCUGCCGCUCGCCCCGCCCUCCGGAAACCCUAAUCGUCAUGGAAACCAUAGCAACUUCCCACCUCCACCCCCUCCCUACACUGAGGACAGUGACAGUUUGCCAUCGUCCAAGAAGAGCAACUUAAAAAAGAAUGGAGCUGUGAGCAGAGAGAGUCUGGUGGUGUGACGCUCAGGUGAAAAUUAUGCGUGCGUGCAUGUGUGUGUGCGUGCGUGCAUGUGUGUGUGUGUGUGUAUCCGUGAUGCAGCUGCGUGUGUUGAAUGCUGAGAGGAUUUUUGGUUCAUAUUCAGAUGUCUUAAAUUAUUAUGGGAUAAUUGAAACAACUGAUGCUUUUAUGGUUUUAACUGAACUUUUUAUGGUUUGGUUCCUCCCAUGAACAUUUUUAACAGCAAGUACUCAAAAAAUAAGACUGCUGUGACGCUUUUUACUGUGCACAUAUGUCUAGUUCUGUAUUUUAAUAGACUGUUUAUUUGUGUCUUGGAAAAACCUAUGAACAAUAGAGCCUUUCAAGUUUUCAGGUAUUGAUUUUUUAUUAUUUUGAUGUAACAUAAAGAAGUGAUCUUUGUAUGGACUGAAAUGUUAUUAUUGUGCCUGUAGUCUGAGGCAUCAUGCAGUUUCUGCAAGUGGGAGAUUGUAUAAUGUUGUAUUUUUAAUAUUUGCACAUUUACAAAUGCAAGAACAUGUAUGAAAUACCCAAGUGUGAUAAUUUUUUUUAAUGCUGUUUUUUUUUUUACUCCUCUCACAUUUGGUCAUACAGUGGUUUAUAAUUUUUCUAUUUAUGUACAGUCCUGUAAUGUCAAUUUUCAAUAAAGCUUUUCUAUUGUA